CAAACACUAGUUUUAAUAUUUCUUUUCCUGAGGAAAUUCAUGAGAAUUUAUUCAGAAAAAAGUCUUUAGUCUCCAACUUCUGAUACUUUUACAUGAUUUGGAAAAUGACUCCAUUAACUUUUUAAAUACUUCUCCAAUACAUUGGCAAAAGCCUCUUUUGGUCAUAAAUUCUGAUAUUUUCCACCCCAGGAGAUUUUUAAAUCCUUCUAUAAUAAGAAAAAACUGCAAUUUCAGCCUUGGAUGUUGUUAUUCUUCAUACAUUCACGUUUUCCCAACUCUUUGAGACACCACAGAAGAUGCCACACCAUGGUCUUUUCUCCUCAACAUCUCAUGAAUACUACUAUUGUUUUCUUUCUUUUAUAGUAUAUAUCUGUCUCUUCCUCUGUAAUUCACUUUUCUUUUUGUUACAUCAGGGACUUUUCCAGUGGGUACCAUUUUCUCAAUAUGGGGACAAAAUAUUUAGGCUACAGUUUCAUUGCUUGACUGUCCAAAUCUUUAGCCUGGAUUCAUUUUUGUCAGUACUGACUGGUUUCAUCUCUGUGCUGUUUUAGGCAGUGUCAAAAAUCUUCUCCAGCACCACAAUUCAAAACAGUUAAUUAUGCAGGGUUCAGAUUUUCCCAAAGUCCAAAUCUCAAAACCAUAGUUACCAGAAAAGUCACAGCUUUGUGCUGUUUUUUGCUCCUUUUUAUAUGCUGUUUAGAUCUAUCUGCUUCAAUUCUUUCUCUGUUUGUUAACAAGGAAGUGAUGCAACAAAUCAGCAAGAUCUUAGCUGUUAUUUUGUUGUUUUUAUUGUAUAUUUCUAGCUUUAAAUGUAAUUUUUUUCAAUCAAAUCAAGAGGGUUCUUGAUUUUUCUUCCCUUUUCUCCUCACAAAGUUUUGUCUUAUUAUCAGAGAUUGUUGGUAUUUCUCUCAGAAAAGUUAAUUCUAGAUAAUAUGCAACAUGUUCAUAAGGAAUCUACAUUUUGAAACCAUUAAGGUUUCUCUGAUUUAAUUCUAUGUUAUUUCUUAACUUGCAUACAAAUUACUCAAGUGACAGGAAAGGUGAUUUGUUACUUUCACCUCUUGAAGGACUACACACAUUCGUUAGGGUAACCCAAUCCAUGCAUAGUCAAUGAAGCAGACAGAGAAGAUUACAUGUUUGUUUUGUGGAACUCCCUUUCAUUUUCCACAGUCAAGGGAAUAUUGAAAAUUGCAUCCCUCGUUCCUCUGUAUAUAUGAAAAGCAGAUGACUCUUCUUUAUUCACUUAUUAUAGAAAUAGCUUGAAAAUCUUGAAUAUAAACUUUCAGGGAUAUAAAAAGAAUGCAAUGGCUCAGUAAUCUGAACAUCCCUUGGCUUUAUAAUGCUUUGGAAUAAACUGAUCUUUCCAAUCCAGUCACCACUGUCAGGUUUUCUAAAUUGACCGGCAUUGGAAUACAGCACUUAAAAACGGUGCUUUUUUUUAAGAUUUUUAAACAGCUCAGCUGGAAUUCCAUUUCUUCUACCAGUCUUCCUAAUGGCAAUGCUUCCAAAGGAACACAUCGUUUCAUUCUCUAGGAUAUCUCCUUCUUGAAACAAACUCCCCACUGCUGCAAUUAUUGGUGAUGUGAAAGCCUUCCUUGGAUAGUUACAUUCUCUAUUCUUUCCAACUCUUCAGAUUAUGUCAUGUUUCUAUUAAAUCACUAAGAUUUUGUCUUUUAUCAUAUUUAUAUUUGCAUGAAAUUUCCCCUGAUAUCUCGAAUUUUCUGGAAGAAAUCUCCUAUCUUUCCCAUUCUACUGUUCUAUUUCUUUGUAUUGCUUAAGAAAAUGUCAACUAUUUGUUCUUAUCCUAAUAUCAAGUAGGAUGUAAGUAGGAAGAAAUAUCACUUCUCAAAUAUUUAGUAAUCUGUGUCUUUUUUGGAAAAAAAAUAAACUGAAUCUGUCUUUGACAGAAUGACUAUUUUACUGAUGUAAAAUAUCAUUGGGAAACUUUAUCAAACCGUCAAACAGUGUAUAUAUAGCUACAAACAAACUAAGCUUAGGUUAACAAAUUGUGCUAACUAAUGAUCAAUACUGCUUUAAAAGCCUUUGGAUAUUUUCCUGUGUAGCCUCCUCAGUCAAGGUGCAGUAGUUGUGGUCCUGGAUUUCAGAAGAAAUCCCGAGAGGGAAAGGCUGUCUGCUGUUAUGGCUGUGUCCCCUGCACAGACAGGCACAUUUCCAACCAGACAGACACAGAGCAAUGUAUGAAAUGCCCCGAAGAUCAAUAUCCCAAUAAGGAAAGGAAUCAGUGCCUCCCCAAAGUAGUGACCUUCCUGGCCUAUGAAGAGCCCUUUGGGAUGGCUUUGGCUUCUAUAGCUGCUUGCUUGUCUCUCCUAACAGCUCUGGUGCUCUGGGUCUUUGUGAGAAACAAAAACACCCCCAUUGUCAGAGCCAAUAACCGGGAUCUCAGCUACAUCCUCCUCAUCUCCCUUAUCUUCUGCUUUCUCUGCUCUCUGCUCUUCAUUGGCCGCCCAACUGCAAUGCAUUGCCUCUUUCGACAAGCAACAUUUGCAGUCAUGUUCACGGUGGCUGUCUCCUCGGUUUUGGCCAAAACCAUCAUUGUGGUUCUGGCCUUCAGAGCCACCAGACCGGGCAGCAGGAACAGGAAAUGGAUGGGAUCCAGGACCCCUAUUUCUGUUGUUCUCUUUUGCACCUUGAUUCAGAUUCUGCUCUGUGCAAUCUGGCUGCUGCUCUCUCCCCCAUUCCCAGAAGCGGACAUACACUCUGACCAUGAGCACAAUAUCCUGGGAUGCAAUGAGGGCUCUCUCAUUGCCUUCUAUUUUGUCCUGGGCUACAUGGGAGUCUUGGCCCUGGGGAGCUUCACUGUGGCUUUUCUAGCCAGAAAUCUUCCUGACACUUUCAAUGAAGCCAAGUUCAUCACCUUCAGCAUGCUGGUCUUCUGCAGUGUCUGGGUCUCCUUCCUCCCCACAUAUCAGAGCACCAAGGGGAAGAUGAUGGUGGCCGUGGAGAUCUUCUGCAUCUUAAGCUCCAGCACUGGAUUAUUAAGCUGUAUCUUUAUCCCCAAAUGCUAUGUGAUCCUUCUGCAACCCCACAAGAACACCAAGAAAAUUUUAAAAGAUAAUUACACUUCCUGAGUCAAGAAUCAUUCUGAAAUAGUCUAUGUGUCUUUCACUGAUAGAAUGAUAUUGAAAACAACACAAAUCAAUUUAUCUUCAAAAUUCCCAAUGAAAUCGUCAUAAAAUCUAUAUUCACUAAUCCUACAACAAGGUGUUAAGACAGCGGAAUUAUACAUGCCCCUAUUUCAUUGAAUGCCCAUCUUCUUCCCUGGAAGUAAAUGCUCAGUUUAGCAGAAAAGUUUAUCCUGGCUACAUUCCAAAUUCCUUUGCUUUUUGGAAUUAUUUAGAAUAAAUAAUAAUAAAUGAUAAUAAAUGAAUAAUAAAUGAUAAGUAAAUAAAUCAUUAAAUAUUAAAUAAUUUGGAAUUAUUAGAUUCCAGUCCCUGCGAUUCCUUAUGAUGAAAGCUGCUAAGUCCUGAGUAAUCCCUUAUGUGGCUCUUCAGUAUUUGGUUUUUUUUUUUUUUUUUUUUUUUUUUUUUUUUUUUUUUUUUUU